AUGAAAAAUGGCACAGUGAUCACAGAAUUCAUUCUCCUAGGCUUUCCUGGUAUUCAAGGACUACAAAUCCCUCUCUUUAUAGUGAUCUUUCUUAUCUACAUAUUAACCCUGGCAGGCAAUGGGCUUAUUAUUGCUAUUGUUUGGAUUGAGCCAAGGCUACAAAUUCCCAUGUAUUUCUUCCUUUGCAACUUAUCUUUUCUGGAGAUCUGGUAUACCACCACAGUCAUCCCCAAACUGCUCGAAACCUUUGUGGUGGUAAGAACAGUCAUCUGCAUUCCCUGCUGCCUGCUGCAGUCUUUCUUCCACUUCUUCCUGGGCACCACUGAGUUCCUCAUUCUCACCGUCAUGUCUUUUGACCGCUACAUGGCCAUCUGCAAGCCCCUCCGUUACCCAGCCAUCAUGACUGGCAACCUCUGCAUGCAACUGUCCCUUGGCUCCUGGGUUACUGGCUUCACCAUUGUUUUUUGUCAGAUGCUGCUGAUCAUGCAGCUGUCAUUCUGUGGCAACAAUGUCAUCAACCAUUUCUACUGUGAUGUUGGUCCCAUCUUGAAAGCAGCCUGCACCGACACCACCCUUUUGGAACUCCUAGGUCUCCUAGCAACCAUCCUGGUGAUUCCAGGGUCACUCCUUUUCACAGUGAUUUCUUACAUCUACAUCCUGUCCACCAUCCUGCGGAUUCCUUCAGCCACUGGACGCCAGAAGGCUUUCUCUACCUGUGCCUCACACCUGACUGUUGUCUCACUGCUUUAUGGAGCUGUUCUGUUCAUGUACCUGAGACCCACAGCCCACUCCUCAUUUAAGAUUAAUAAGGUUGUAUCUGUGCUAAAUACUAUCCUCACCCCUCUUCUGAACCCCUUCAUCUAUACCAUUAGAAACAAGGAGGUAAAAGGAGCCCUUAAAAAGGCAAUGGCUUGUUCAAAGGCACCUCAUAAAAAAUAA